AACCCCGUUGUUUUGUAUGGAAAAUGCAAUGGCCGCCAUCUUCGACUCUAGUAAAUGUUUUGGUCGUAGUUGGGAACUUUGAGUGCAUUUUCCUAUGUGCUAUGCAAUUAAUUGAUAAAAAUAGUUUCGCUGAAUCACUGGUGUUAUUAAUUCAUUGGCUCUAAGUCUCAAGAAAUAAGCUUGGAGGCAGAGGAGCACUUCAAGGCAUCAUCUAGGGCUUGACCCAAGAUGAUGAUAUUUACACCAUGUCAGCCUCAUCAGAAUUUGAACCAGCGGCCCGUCAAGACUUCGGGCCGACCACCUCCAAUGAACAUGCAUUUGAAAAUGUAUUGGAACAUAAACUAGCGGAUAAUAUGAGUUUCCCUAUCAGGACUCCUGUAUUGAGGGCUGUGCCCAUAUCCCCUUCCGGAGGAGACCCUGAACCAGACUCUACAAACCCUGAAAAUGCUGCCUACUCUGCAAAUGCAAACUUAGACAGAGAAGUGGAAUACCACAUAAGUGAAAAACCUUGUGACACAGAGAUGUCAGUCGAUACCCUUUCUGGUAUAGUGAGAUUAGAAGAAGGCACUUUAGAUAAUGUGGGCCGCAUUACUUAUCCUAUAAUACAGGAUGGGGAGGACUCGAGUGAUGCCCAUUAUGCAGACAAUGCUACUGCUACCCUAAUCCAGGCGCCUCUGAGCUCAGCAAUUGUUCAGAAUGUUGCAAAAUUGCCUCAAAACUUCACAAUAAAUGUGGAUGCCACAGUAAGCAACAUCACUGCCAUUCAAAAUGUGUCCCCUGACGUAUCAGGCGGCAGCCAGACCCUGUGGCUACCCACUCUUCUGGCCACUAGUGCACCCACAGAUAACAAAACUGAAGAUGAUAUAUCUCCCACAAGGAUGUCACAGUUCAUAAUAACCAGUGAAAGUUAUGUUUCAAACGAUGCAAGCCAAGCAGGCUCCCGACGAACCAAUUUUGUCACAGAAACAAGCUACAGACCAAAAACCUCUAAGGUUCAAAUACUUAGCAAUGUGUCCAUACCCAAGAAUUCUACUGCUUACUCACAACAAUAUGUCACACAAGGAAGUAAAGACAUUGCAACCCCCGUCUACACUCAGAAUCAUGUGUAUAAAUUAAGUACAAGUGUUAUAUCACAAAAACACUUCAAUAAUUCUGUUCUUAGUGGUAAAACUCCCAAAUCACAAUCAUUGAUUGGUUGCUCCCUGGCACCCACCAUCGUCAGUAAUAGUCCAGUCAAGAAUGUUUCUUACAGCCAAACUUUUACUAAGAGCACAAAUAUUAGUAAACCAUUAAAUAAGCUAAACAACGGUGCUAAUCUGAAUGCAGUGGUGGCAGCUUCGUCUGGCAACACACAAUGCCAUAUCUUAUCUCGUGUCGUUUCUGGACCAAACAAGUUAUCAGUGCAUACAGGAAGAAAGUCCGUGAACACAUUCAAAAGCUCAAAAAACAGUGCACUGUCUAACACUCAAAAGCAAUCGAGGGCAAUUAAAAUAAUACAGCAAACUGGCUCAACUAAUAAGUCGGAUGGCAAGAAUUGGCCGGUUGCCAAUGUGGCUAGCUACAAAAGUCAACAGCCGGCGUACGGCGUCGUUGACACCAACAGCUCGAAGAUCAUUCAGAAAGUGGGCAGCCCCACUCACAAGCUACCUACUCCUAUGUCUAUGCAAAAAACUGCUACUAAACAAGAGCGCAUAGUGCUCCAGUCGCCUUGUGGACCGGUUCUUAUCUCCACAGGUCCCACAAGUACAAGCCAUCAUAAAGGACCACACUAUGUGCAGUCUGGACCGACGCCUAACUUGCGAUACGUCCAUGCAUAUGGAACCACUCAAGAUUCAAAUAAAACUCCCAACAUUUCUCAAGUAUCAGCCAAUCAACAACUCACUGCACAAAUUCUACAGUCGCUUUCACAGCCCAAGUUGAUGUUGGCAUCGACCCCAAGCAUUACCAAUCACAGUGUCGUGUCGGCACCAGUAAUUGAUGAAUAUGUAGAUGUUAAACCACCUUGUUACCAGAGAAGGAUUGUAUUCGGCGAUCCAUCAACAUUACUGACGGCAGAUGACAUAAUAGGCAUGGAGGAGCGUCCAAACCUCUCGGAGGAGCUGCGGAGAUAUUCUUACCAAAACGUGGCGCUCGUCAUGUUGGACCACACAUAUUCUCUACCGGCUCAGAAGCUGCCGGCCGCGUCCCCGCCCGCCCCAGUCGUGCCGCCCGCGCCCGUCGCGCCCUCCCCGCCCAGCCCCAUGAAGCAGACGUCACCAGUAGCCACCACCAUAGCUACCUAUGAAGUCCAGCACGUACAGCCAUCAGCCGUCCCCACGAGCGUUAUCGGACCGCCCGUACCCGCUGCGUCGGUGCAAAUGUCCCUCUACAAGCCGCAGCCGCUGGCGGCGCAGGACGACGACGCCGGCUCGGUGAUCUCGUCCGUGGAGGGCGACCGGGCGCCCGGCGAGCGCGGCGGCAGCGACACCGAGACCGCGCCCGAGGUGGAGGAGGAGGGCAAGACGCGCUGCAUCUGCGACUUCACGCACGACGACGGCUACAUGAUCUGCUGCGACCGCUGCGGCGAGUGGCAGCACGUGGACUGCAUGGGCAUCGACCGCAACAACAUCCCCGACGCGUACAUGUGCGAGAUGUGCCAGCCGCGCCCCAUCGACCGCCGCCACGCGCGCGCCAUCCAGAUGCGCAAGAGGGAGGAGCUGCACGCGCUCGGCGCCUCCGACUCCGACUCGUCCGAGUACGGCCGCUUCCCGGGGCUCGCGCGCCGCAAGCGCCUGCUCACCGUCACCACCUACGCCAACACCAGCGGCGCCUGCGCCACCUACACGCCGCCCGCGCCCGCGCCGCCGCCGCCGCCCGCGCCCGCCCUGCCGCUGCCCAAGCGAGGGCCCAAACGACCCAAGAAAACCGAAGUCAUCAGAAAAGGAACAAAGAGGAAGCUCUCCGAAAAGAGAGUGAAACGUAAGAAGGAGAUGAUGAUGAACAGGAGCAAAUACAGCUCGAGUCUGUCCAAUCAGUCGCACUGGCAGGAGUCGUACGAGUCGGCCGUGACGAACCACUACAGCCCCGAGUUGCGGGCCAAGAUCAUCCGCUACAGCAGCAAGCUGGGCAGCUCCCCGAGCAUGGCGUCGGCCAUCACCGCGCACCUCUGCACCACCGUGCCGCACGCCGGCGGGAAAAUACUCAUCGCUACGAAAGACUUGAAGGAGAGCACCCCCGUCAUAGAGUUACGGGGCAAAUACAUGCUGUCCAAUCAGCACAGGCCGCAGCUGCAGAACGUGGGCCGCGCGGGCAGCCAGAAGCCCGGCCCGUUCGUGUUCUUCUACCGCCUGCCGAAGGACAAUACGCAGAUAUGUAUCGACACUCGCACGUACGGCAACGAGGCGCGCUUCGUGCGGCGCUCGUGCAAGCCCAACGCGGAGCUGCAGCACUGCAUCGUGAAGGGCACCCUCCACGUGUACCUCGUCACCAUCGGCACCAUCCAGUCCAACACGGAGAUCACCGUGGGCCACGACGGCACCGGCAGCAAGCAGCCCUGCGCGUGCGGCAACCCUAAACACUGCAAGGUCAAUGGACUCAAUUCUAUGAUGCCGCGUAAAAGUAUUGAUUACCCUCCGAGAGAGAAGAGGAGCAGGAAUCGUUGCACCAGUGUGUCGUCAUCGCCUAUGUCGCCUCCACUGGGGCCGCCUUUGACGCCCGUAAAAGAAACUCCGCCGCUGCUAUCACCACCAAUAAAAUCGGAGAAGAAAUCUCCAAUAAAACUGGAGUUCAAGCUGAUGUCUCCCGUGAAACAUGCAGUUCCGGUUCUCAAUUUUGACCAACCGAUGAAAGUAGAAACAGAAAUCAAGGAAGAGAAGCCAGAAAUAGAUCUGAUGGCCAAAGAGGAGAUGAAGCCGGAGGACAUAGACGAGCCGGACUGCGCCGCGCCGCCCGAGCCCACGCCGGUAGUGGAGACGCCACCGGAACCGCCAGCAGAAGAGAUCAAAAUGGAGAUAGUCGAGGAGCCCAUCGCGGCGCCCGUCACUCCAGUCAAAGUGCCGUCACCGGUCAAAGCACCGCCACCAGUCAAAGCAUCACCACCGGUCAAAGCAGAGGAACCUAUCAAAGAAGAACCGAAAGUAGAGAAGGAAGCGGUCCUAUCUGAAGAAGAACUCGAAAAGCCGGAGAAGCCGUUGAAGUAUUUCCCGUCUGAGCCUGCCAAGGAGGUCGUGAAAGCAGAAGUGAAGGUGGAAGACGAGAGGCCCAUGACUCGCGAGCUGGCGGCGCGGUCGGCGUGCCACGACCGUUCGGCGCGCACGUCGCGGACAAACUGCGUCACUAAUCAAGACUCGAUGGACGACAAGACGGACGACUCGCAAGACAAACUGCCCGCCAAGACAAAGGAUAAGGACAAGAAGAAGAUGACGCGAGAGGAGCGCAAGAUGGAGGCUAUAAUGAAGGCGUUUGAGCGCAUGGAGAAGGCGGAACAGAGAAAGCAAGAGGUGAAAGAGAGACAGAAGCGACGCGAGUCCGACCCGCACCCGCACGCCGCUGACAAAGAUGAAGAGGAAGACACACAUGCAAAUACCAAGCGGAGGAGGAAGCGCAAAGGCCGUGCGCGCACCACAUCACAGUCGAACCGGCGGCGCCUGAACUCGGCCGACAGCGACAUGGUGACGUCAGGCGAUGAGGCGCCCGCGCCACCCUCGCCCCGCGCCUCCCCGCGCGCGCCCCCGCGCCGCGUCUCCGCGCCCAACCAGAACACGCCGCCUGAGCGAAACAGCGACGCUGUCAAUGAGGACCUCGGUCUGAGCUCGGCGUGUCUACUUGUGGAAGCCGCCGUCGGGUCCGUCGAGUCCGCCUUCAAACUGCCAAAGACUAAGAAAACGAUGGCCAACGAGUGGGUGGGCCGCUCGCCCGAGCGCACGCCGUCGCCUUACCGCUCGCCUUACAGAUCUUCACUUGUUUCUGCCACUUCAUUAGAGAGCCUAGUGCGAGUGGCGUCUACAAUGAUUGGUGAUUUGUCUGGUGGGCAGUCGGAGAUGGAGGAGCCGGCGUCGCCGCCGCGCACGCCCGGCCGCGACCGGAGUAGACCGCCCAAGAAGUCCAAGAGGAUUACGCGCCAAGUGCCGCCGCCCGAAGUAGAGCCCGUCACGCCCUCCGCGCCGCCGCAGCACAGCGCCAAGAAGAGGUGGCUCAGACAGGCCAUUAGUGAGGAGAGCGACUCGCCUGUUGUCGAAACUUUUGUUCCAGAAUCACCGCCCAACGAAAUGAUAACGCCACUUAAAAAAAGGCGACUAGCGCGGGAAUCGUUGUCCUGUGAACCGCAUAUUGUGCCUUGUAUAGAAGAGACGUCGCCCAACCUGACAUCGGAGGACUCGCCGGUGAAGGACGAGAAGCGUCCGGCGGAGCGGCUGUGCAGCGCGCGCUCGCUCAUGGAGAGCCUGUACCCGCGCGACCGCACGCGCUCCGACAGCGGCCAGGGCUCCGACGACCAGCACAUGGAGCAUCUCGACAUCCUCAACCUCAACCUGCGCGGCCCGCACGACUCCGAGCACAUCCGCCGCAUCAUCGGCGUGCCCGUGCCCACCGGCCCGCCCGUCAUCACCAAGCUCGAGGACAUCAAGACCAUCAACAACAAUGUAGGCGAAAACACGCCCUGUGAGGAGAGCAACUACAAUAAAGUCGUCCCCAUGGAGAUUGACACGACGAUCACGCCCCUUCCGCUGGUCAAGGAGAGCGAACCUCCGAGUGAAGCGAAGGACGCGGGUAGUCCGCAGGAGAAGAAGGACGGCUCGCAGUCGCAGUCCGCCGACACCAGCGGGAACUCCUCCCCGCAGCGCGACGAGAUGGACGACAUACAGAAGAAAAUACACUCCUUCCACACGGAAAAUAUACUCAUAUUGAAGAGCAGAAACAAGAAGCCGCCAAAAGAGAAACGCAAGAAGGUCAACUUGAAUUUUGAUCUCAACAUGGUGGAUGACCAAAUCAGUAUUCAGUUGCGGACGGAAAACGACUCGAGCGAGUUGAACGGAGAUGUCCAUGAGGAGGGGGACCCGAAGAUACACUAUGUGACGACGGAGAACAUCCCCCUGCCGGCCGUGGAGACUAUACCGUUGCCGGCCGAGCACGUGCCGCCCCCGGAGGCGCUGGGCGCGGGGGCGGGGGCCGGGGUGGGGGCGGGGCCGCCCGCCGUCGUGCCCGUGGUGGCGCCCGCGCUCAUCCCGCUGCCCGACGAGCCGGGCCCGCCGCCCGCAGUACCCAUAGUCGACACACGGGAAAACGUCAUCAAGACCAUCGUCUCACCACUCCCCAAACCCGAACCGGUGCCACCUCCCACCACCACCUAUCAUGACAAACCCUCUAUAUUAGACAACACAACAGUACCAUUUUCCUCGAGGUUCAACUCGACGGGCCUAUUCUCCGGCAUAUUUAGCAAUAUGAACCAGAGUUACAACUUAGAUACGCAAAUUAACGAUAAUGUGCCUAACCUUAACAUAAUAAAAAGUGCAAUAGACAGAACGACGAGUUUAGACGGUAGUUUAUUCGAGAAGGACAGUAUUACGGCCAGUGAUGAGCUCAAGAGUGUGCAGGAGAUCUUGACACGUGUUAACAAUAUGGACUCAAAUAACAGUGUUUUGCUCUCGGGAGUGCUGAAGAGCUCGGACCAGGCGAACAAGCCGGGCCCGCUGACGCCGUCGCCCGGCAAGACUCCGAGCAAGUACUGCGCCAGGAGCAACGACCCCCGGCUCAACCCCCCGCCUGUCGACAAGCCCAAGCCUGUCCGGAGAAAGCUCUCUAUAUCCGAAUACCGGAAGCGGCACAAGGGCCCUCCCAGUACCGACCCGGAGCACCUGAUGAACCUGAACUCGUCGAGCAACGAGCCCACGCCGGGCGUCGGCGAGUGGUCGUCGGAGUCGUCGGGUGCGGGUUCACUGUCGCCGCUGCGCCUCGAGGCCGCCGCCGCCGCCGCCGCUGACGACCUAGAGCAGAGGCUGCAUCGAGCGCUCGCCACUACUACUACAAUUGUUCCGCCUAAAGGUGUCUUCGACGCGCAGCCUACAGCCUCGGAGAGACAGCGGGAGAACCUGAGCUCGCGGCUGCGGCGGGAGUUCGGCCUGGCCCUGCCCGACGACGAGGAGUCCCGGCCGCCCACCGACACCGAUGGGGCCAGCGCGGCCGGUGUCGGCGCGGCCGCGGGCGAGCCCAAGCGCUGCGACAGAUAGACCCAGCUGCUAAACUCCACAAACACUUAAUAUUAUGUAAAAUAAAUAUUUUUGUAAAUCUCGCAGCGCCGCCCGGCGGCCACUCGAUGAACUGCGGCGGCUAUCAACCUGUAAUAUAAUAAUAAUUAAAGUAAUUUUUAUAUGAACUCGUUUUUAGAACACACCGUACGUGCGGAUUGUAUAUUUCUGUUAAUUCUUAUCUUCACGGUUUUUCUGCAAGUACAAAUUGUUUUUAUUUCCCUUGUAAAUAUUGUAUAUAGAAGAGGUAAAUAUAAGAUGACGUGGUGAAAAUGCGUCGGGUUUUUUAUAAUAUGUAUAUGUUAUAUUAUUUUUAUAUAUGUAAUAAUGUUUAUGUAUCUCAACGAUAUGUUUAUUUAUUAACGAUCUAAUAUACGUAGAGCAUCUAGGGAGCGAUGGCUAGAUUUUUUGUACGCAUAAUGUAUAAGUAACUAAAUUAUAGUUGUUUUUUAUCGUUUUACUUUUUGUAGCGUGUAUAAAGGGUUUCGGACCCGAGCUAGGGAUCUAGGGCUUGUCCUAUUGUUAGUGGUAACGUGUUACAUGUGUAAGUAUUUAGCGUUUCACUACCUACAUUAGCCAUUUGUAGAGGUUAAAUCUGUGUUAAUAAAGUUUAAGCUGGAGUGAUCAGAGUUUUAUCGGUCCACAUCACAAUGGAUUGUUGCAGCUGUCUUAUUAACAUGUUCUCAUUAAUUCUCAUUCAAUAGUCUUUAGCAAAGAAUUUAGAGUAGUGACUGUGACGCGCUUUUGCCCACAUUAUUUGUGUUUAACAUCGUAUCAAUUUCGCAGGCUUACAUUAUUUUCUUUGCUAAUAGAUGUAUAGGUUUCCCUUGUGAUUUUUUUAUUAUACUUAAUUUUAAUUGUGUCAGUGUGCUAAUGCAACGAAUGGAUGUUGUGAGGACCCCUUUUGCCUGCCCUCUGGCCCCAGUGAUUUAGAGCUUGCAUUAUACAUACAGACAACACUUUGCAAAAUAUUCUGUUUGUUAUCUUCAUAUAUUUGAUUUAAUUUUAUAGUUUUAGCUUAUAUUUUAGUUUUUAAAGCGUGGCCUAGGGUUUAAGUGACAGUCUGAAUUUAGUUGAUGGAAAUUAGUCGUGCACCAUACAUACUCAGAAAUCCGAUUCUCAAGUUUAUUCAAUUUAAUGAAUUCACUAUAACGUAAAAAAGAAAAAUAUUUUUGGUCUGCGCGUGAUUUAUUGAUAACUUCUAUUAUUGAUUAGUUCAAAGCUAUUUUAUUUCAUUUAUGAAACAAACUCACUCCUAAUUUCUUUUAAUAUCUAGCUAGAGUCUUUUGCAAGAGUACCUUGAAAUUAUUUUUAAUACUUAAUUAUAUUGUUCGAUAGUGGAUUGAUAUCCUAGUAGUGCGAUAUAGAUCUCCCAGUGAGUGGAACGGUUCGGCCUGUGAUUGCUCAAAAUGUUUACCUUUUUCGGAUUGUGUGCUUUUUGUAUGAACACUUCCUUCUGAUUGUAAAGAUUUUGCAUCAAGAUAUUAUGUGUAAUGCAUUUACUUCAAGAUUUAUAUAUUUGGUCACCGAUGCAUGUUUAGUUUGUUAUUUAUUUACAAUUUAACUCAGAAAACUCGUGUAGAUUAUUUUAACGUAAGAUCAUCGAAUUUUUCACGGACAUCUAUACUAUACAGCUUAAUAUAAAUUGAAACUAAACUAUCAUUUAAAUGCAUAAUAUAAUUUUAAAAUGUUGCAAUAAUAUGCCUAAAGGCGAUCUAUAGAUAGUAUUAAAUCUACAUAAUAAUAUUUGUCCGCGAACUGAAAUCUGAAGAUGAGAGUAUUGUAUAAAAAGUAUUGACAUGUUCUUCUGUAGACUUAUUUUCAAUAACCACAAUCUGUAAGUAAAGUUGGUCUAAAUGUAGCUUUAUAGAGAACGCCUUUUGUAAAGCUAAUGCGGCUACCUGUCUGCAUCACUGCGUCCAUUACCUAAUAUUAUAGUGAGUUAAUAUAUGCUAGGUAUACAACUAUACACUGUCGGAUGUGUAGCGCAUUAGCUUUACGAAUGCACUUCUAACUGCACAUGUUUCAGUAGUAAACUUUAGUAUUUCCAUGUGAUACUUUUAUUAAUCAGUAGAAAUGUCUGUAAAUAGUUUCAAUAUAAUAGUUAAGCAAAACAAUAUUUUGAGACAGUGAUCAUGUGAUUGUAUAAAAAGCGCACUUUCUGUAUCUAUCGAUUGCCAUACUUUAGUUUUUACUUACCUACCUUUUUUAUUUGUAUAAUUUUUUGUGAUUGCACCCCACCUUGUUAUCCGAAUUUCGUCUAUUAUGAGAUGUCGAUGUAACAAUGGAAUAUUUUGCAAUAUAUUAUUUUUUAUCGUUAAGUGGAUCAUAAAAAUAGUAGAGCUGUAUAUUAUCGAGAUGUUAAAUAUUAUUUCUUUCUUAAUGUUUGAGCUAAACAUGUAAAAUUUUAAUAAUAAUAUAGAAUAAAAGAUGUUAUGAUAAUUAAUUACAUAAAAGCUUUGUUUGAAUAUUCUGCCUUAUCUUUCGGUCCCUUUUUAGCAUCUAGGGAUAGGAUGUGAGUUGUAAUUACGUAGAUAUUAUGUAGUACUGAGUCUGAAACCUAGUCAUUGUGAGAUAGGCGUUUUGACUUUCUACAUAUCUUGGGCAUCAUAAGGGUCAUGGUGACAAAUGUAUUCUUUCGACGUUUAUAAUAUCUACCUGUGCUACUUCAGUAGGGGUUUUGACAUUUUGGAUGAGAUGCAGACGGCACGGGGAAAAUAGUCAAAUGGAAAUACAUACCUAUUAAUAAAAUAUUAAUCUGAAAGUUGAGAUUUAAAAAAUUAAAAAACACGAUAUUAAAAUUAACAUUUAAUCUUAAACUGUGACUUAAAAAAAUAUCAACUAAUUAUACCUCUUUACUUAGAAUUAACAUACCUAACGACCAACAUAUAAUCUAGCUUUACAAAUUACUGAAAUUACUUAAAAAAGUAACAAUUUCCAUAUUAAUGAAUGCUUAGGUAAAACAUAACUCAGUACACAUGAAAUACCUCAGUCUUCGGAAAAAGUACACAAUGUAGAACGGGUGAUUGAUCAGUAACAAUUAAACCACUUUCCACUUUGGAGAAUGUUUUUCACCGACUAAGAGCUAAUCUCCUUUACGUAGGCAAUCCACCUUCAAUAUGUACUAUCUCAAGGUAGUUUUCCAUUUUUAGCUAACUUAUCUACCUAUAUUUUCAGGAAUGAGGAUCUCUAAAUAUAGGUACGUAUAUCAUCCAGUACUAUAAUAGGUAGGUACAAACAAUGUUGGAUUUAUACCUAUAAUAUGUAUAUGCUUUGACGACAUAAUGUUUCCCUAUCACAGCCAAACUCUACUCUCACACAAUUCCAAUCAGAUAUCGUUAUUAUUAUUUAAUUACCACUACCUAUACAGGUGGGUGGCUAAUCAGUUAACAUCACUUAAAUUUCCAUCAUGCACGAAAAUAUCAUAAAUUCAUAAUCAAGAAUCUGUUUGAAGUUGGACCUAUGUAAUGAUUUGGCUACAAAUUACCUCCCUUUGUUAGGUAGAGAGGGUAUAAUGAAAAUUUAUUCGGUGUCAUAAAAAUACGUAAGUAAUAGUUUUUAACGUUACCUACUUCUACUUAUGAAUCAGGCACUGUUGGAAAUCAAAUAUGAUAAGUUAGUGUA